AUGCCUCCCUCAAAAAAGGCCCCGGCCAAACGCCACGUGCUGACACUCGCGCAACUCUCUGCAUACGACGAUAUUCUAACCGACGCCCUCGUGGACCAUGUGUUUUACUGGACCACAAUCCCUAAAAAUAGACCCUCCUACCACCCGUCCCGAGGCGUCGUCGAGGACACAAUUGCCAAAAUCCUGCAGGACGAAAUCGUCUUAAACAAGAACCCGGCGGCGGCAGAGGCGAAACUUCUAGCGACCGAUGGACUGCGCAGAUUCUCCGCCGCCCUCAAAACAGACAAGGAAAGGGAGGACUUUCGUCGCCAUCUACGACGCUACAUCAACAUCUACCUCCCCGACUGCCCAUGGGAGGUGAAUUCCACAAACCGAUACACCAUUGUAACUCAUGAAGCCAGCAUAACCGCACGACGACUUAUCCGCCGCAACGAAAGCAUCAAGUAUCUCUCAGGCAUGAAGGUCAACAUCACACCAGAGGAAGAGGAUUUGAUUGCCAAUCGCAAAAAGGACUUUAGCAUUGUGGUCAGCUCUCGGAGCAAACUGACCAGCCUAUUCAUGGGGCCUGCCCGGUUUGCAAACCACGAUUGCAACGCAAACGCCGCGCUCAUCACCACGAGUGCUGCGGGCAUUGAGAUUGUCGCCACCCGCAACAUUGCGCUUGGCGAGGAAAUUACAGUUACCUACGGAGACAAUUACUUUGGCGAAGACAAUUGUGAAUGUCUCUGCAAAACGUGCGAGGAUGGGUUCAGAAAUGGCUGGGCGGACGCCGAGGGCAAGCCGACAGUUACUGUGGACGAAGAAGGAAAGACGGAAACAUAUGUGCUGCGCAGGCGACGACGUGACGACAGCCUGUGUGAAUCAUCCCGGACGCCUUCAGUGACGCCAGUGAUGCGACCAAAAAUUCGCAAGACUCGGACGGCUUCCCGAUUCCUGGACAACGGCAACUCGACAUCCUCAGCACCCUCACCCGCGCCCGAUUCCACGCCGCGGACAGGCAAACGCACCUUUGAUGCCAUGGCUACGCCACCAGUAACACCGGCCAAAAAGCUCAAGCACACCGUCGAGCUCGUCGAUGCUGCUCGUGAAGCAUCGCGGGGUAGCUCCGUCAGCGACAGCAUCAGCUCAAGCCAAGACGGACCCCUUGAAACCGACGCCUCUUCGCCCGAGCCGUCUUCCGAUAAGCCCAGCUCAACUGGUCCACUAUCGCCAAAAUCCUCGCAGGGAGCUCCGUCACCGCAGAAGAUGGAUGAUCCUACCUGUAUUUCAGUUGUCAUCGAGCCCAGCCAGGAGGAUACUCUAGACAGCAUCACAGUGAGCAUCGAGCCCGUGGAUGAUGCGUACAAGGCGGAUGCUAUAAUCGCCCCGAAGCGCAAGUACCAGCGCAAGGUGUACAGAGAGCAAACGCCACCUACGAGAGUAAGAGCGGCCGGCGACUAUGUUCUCACGCCACUGCUGCUUUCUGAGCCUGCGAUGGCUUGGGUCAAGUGCGGAAUCUGCGUUACACCAUUUGUGCAGCAAAAUGCGUACUUUACGCGCGCAUCCUGCCCACGCUGCGAGAGGCACUCUAAAGUGUAUGGCUACAUGUGGCCAAAAACAGACAAAGAGGGUCCUCGGGAUAAGGAAGAGCGCGUGCUGGACCACCGGACUGUGCACCGCUUUUUGGAUUCUUACGACGAGAAGCGGGUUCGCGGGCGAAAGGGCGUUGAGUCGGAGGAGACAGAGGAAGAAGUUCCGUCGCGUGGCCGUAGUUUGAAGCGCAAGUCAUUAACCAAGCUAGCUGCAAAGCCGGCUGCCAAAGUUAGUGCUCGAUCAAGAGCGGAUAGUGAUGUUAGACGGAGCGGGCGCUCUCGGACCGUGAGCAGGAAGCUGGUUGACGAAUAA